GGCCUAAAACCUCUGGGCGUGGUGGGCACCGGCCUUCGCCGUCGGAGCAGGGGUCCCAGACUCGCACCCAAAAGUUCCCGUCGGGCCCGAGCGGGGAGGAGCUGCGGGGCGGGCAGAGGCGGAGAUGGCGGAGGGCAGUGGGACGUGAUGCGCGGGUCAGAGCCGGGCCUUGAGAAGGAACUGGAGGCCCCUGGCAGCGGUGUCCUCUCGAGGCCCCCUCUGCCGGGCCCACCAGGUGGCCGGCGGAGAGCCGGAGAGUUGUGCGGGAUGGAAAGCAGGGUUUGGCGACCGAGUUUAGCAGGCCUUGGAAUCCUGGAGCCCAGCCCCCCCCCCCCCCCCAUUCCCACUUCUUGGCAAGAUGGUUAAGGGCCUAGCGUGCUGGCUGCGGCGUGGCCGCCUUCCCCUUCUCCGACUCCGUAUCUCUUUUUCCAGGUGUCCGGCUUUGCUGGCCCAGCAAGCUUGAUAAGCAUGAAGCUCUUAUCUUUGGUGGCUGUGGUCGGGUGUUUGCUGGUGCCCCCAGCUGAAGCCAACAAGGUGAGGGAGGUGAGCCUGCAGCACCUGGUCACGCCGCCGACCACCGUGCACGGCCACCCUGUCUACAGGGCUGACUCAGAGAGUUCUGAAGACAUCCGGUGCAAAUGCAUUUGUCCACCUUAUAGAAACAUCAGUGGGCACAUUUAUAACCAGAAUGUGUCCCAGAAGGACUGCAACUGCCUGCACGUGGUGGAGCCCAUGCCGGUGCCUGGCCAUGACGUGGAGGCCUACUGCCUGCUGUGUGAGUGCAGGUAUGAGGAGCGCAGCACCACCACCAUCAAGGUCAUCAUUGUCAUCUACCUGUCCGUGGUGGGUGCCCUCUUGCUCUACAUGGCCUUUCUGAUGCUGGUGGACCCUCUGAUCCGAAAGCCAGAUGCAUACACCGAGCAACUGCACAAUGAGGAGGAGAAUGAGGAUGCUCGCUCUAUGGCAGCAGCUGCUGCAUCCCUCGGGGGACCCCGAGCAAACACAGUCCUGGAGCGUGUGGAAGGUGCCCAGCAGCGGUGGAAGCUGCAGGUGCAGGAGCAGCGGAAGACAGUCUUCGAUCGGCACAAGAUGCUCAGCUAGAUGGGUUCAUAUGGUUGGGUCAAGGCCUCAACACCAUGGCUGCCAGCUUCCAGGCUGGGCAAAGCGGGGGGCUACUUUUCCCUUCCCUCGGUGCCAGUCUUCCCUUUAAGAGCCCGUGGCAUUUUUCCUCCUCCUCCCUAACUUUAGAAAUGUUGUACUUGACUAUUUUGAUUAGGGAAGAGGGAUGCGGUCUCCGAUCUCUGUUGUCUCCUUGGGUCUUUGGGGUGGAAGGGAGGGGAAAGGCAGGCCCGAAGGGAAUGCAGACGUUUGAGGCGGCCUCAGGAGUGGAUGCAGUCUGUCUCUCCUGGCUCCACUCUUGCCACCUUCCAGCUCCGAGUCUUGGGAAUGUUGUUACCCUUGGAAGAUAAAGCUGGGUCUUCAGGAACUUCAGGAAAGCAUGGCCCAGCAUUCAGCAUGUGCUCCUUUCUGCAGUGGUUCUUAUCACCACCUCCCUCUCAGCCCCAGCUCCAGCCCUGAGGACAGCUCUGAUGGGAGAGCUGGGCCCCCUGAGCCCACUGUGGUCUUCAGGACGCACCUGGAAGCUGGUGUUCCCUGUCCCCUGUGCACUUCUCCCAUUGGGGCUUGGAGUGCCCAUGCGUACUCUGCUGCCGGUCCCCUCACCCGCACUUGAGGGGGCUGGGCAGUCCUUCCUCUCCCCAGUAUCCACAGUCGCUGAGCCAGAUGGUUGGUUGGAACACGAGACACAAGAGGCUGACCGUGGAUCUGAACACCACAGUCCCUGUCCUUGGGUCGCCUCUUGUCCCUGAACUUCGUUGUACCAGUGCAUGGAGAGAAAAUUUUGUCCUUCUCUUGUCUUAGAGUUGUGUGUAAAUCAAGAAGCCAUCAUUAAAUUGUUUUAUUUCUCUCACU